ACAAUUUAUUCGAGGGUGUUCGCUGUCUUAAAUUCUUUUGCUACUUGAAAAAAUCUUUAACUAGUAUCAAAACCAGAGUUAUACUGACAGGUGUAAGUUACUUAUUGCAGAAAAGUAGGUGCAAUGUAGGUUAAUCCUUUUUUACAUUCGGACUUUAAAUCCUUUCAGUUUCAUUUUGUUAUCUCAAAGUCAUCUUAUAAAGGCUUUAAAAGCUCUAAAAUGCCAUAUGCUGAUGAAGACAGCUACAGCUCCAACAGUGAUAACUUCCUUUACAAUGAGGAACUUCUGGAUGGCAAGAAGAAAUAUAACGCAAAAUCUGACAGUUCUUCUAGUGAUGGAAACAGCAACUGGAGCUGCAACUCUGAUAGAAGCAAAGAGAUGCCUCUCGAUUUCAAGACAGAUCCUCCUCUGGAUGGCCAAAGCUAUAAUUUAGAUGCAGGAAGUCAAAUCUCCCCCCAAAACCAAAACCCAAGCAAAGAGAAAGAAAUUGAACAGUAUCAGGUUGAUCCAUCUAGUGGGAGGAAUCACAUAAACCUGGGCAAUAAAAUCAUGAGCAGUGACAUCCCUGUGCCACUGAUCAGGAACAAUCAGGCCGGUUCUAGAACUGAGAUGAAAUGUCUGAACGCUCCUCGAGACGACAAGAGCUGCAGUUCCAACAGCAACGACUUUGCGUACUCUGACUUUCCCAAGAAGUUUCCUCUCAAUGGCUCUAAAAUGCCAUAUGCUGAUGAAGACAGCUACAGCUCCAACAGUGAUGAGUUCCUUUACAAUGAGGAACUUCUGGAUGGCAAGAAGAAAUAUAACGCAAAAUCUCAGGACAGAUCUUCUAGUGAUGGAAACAGCAACUGGAGCUGCAACUCUGAUAGAAGCAAAGAGAUGCCUCUCGAUUUCAAGACAGAUCCUCCUCUGGAUGGCCAAAGCUAUAAUUUAGAUGCAGGAAGUCAAAUCUCCCCCCAAAACCAAAACCCAAGCAAAGAGAAAGAAAUUGAACAGUAUCAGGUUGAUCCAUCUAGUGGGAGGAAUCACAUAAACCUGGGCAAUAAAAUCAUGAGCAGUGACAUCCCUGACUCACUGAUCAGGAACAAUCAGGCCGGUUCUAGAACUGAGAUGAAAUGUCUGAACGCUCCUCGAGACGACAAGAGCUGCAGUUCCAACAGCAACGACUUUGCGUACUCUGACUUUCCCAAGAAGUUUCCUCUCAAUGGCUCUAAAAUGCCAUAUGCUGAUGAAGACAGCUACAGCUCCAACAGUGAUGAGUUCCUUUACAAUGAGGAACUUCUGGAUGGCAAGAAGAAAUAUAACGCAAAAUCUCAGGACAGUUCUUCUAGUGAUGGAAACAGCAACUGGAGCUGCAACUCUGAUAGAAGCAAAGAGAUGCCUCUCGAUUUCAAGACAGAUCCUCCUCUGGAUGGCCAAAGCUAUAAUUUAGAUGCAGGAAGUCAAAUCUCCCCUCAAAACCAAAACCCAAGCAAAGAGAAAGAAAUUGAACAGUAUCAGGUUGAUCCAUCUAGUGGGAGGAAUCACAUAAACCUGGGCAAUAAAAUCAUGAGCAGUGACAUCCCUGUGCCACUGAUCAGGAGCAUACAGGCCUGUUCUAGAACUGAGAUGAAAUGUCUGAACGCUCCUCGAGACGACAAGAGCUGCAGUUCCAACAGCAACGACUUUGCGUACUCUGACUUUCCCAAGAAGUUUCCUCUCAAUGGGCAAUACCCAGAUGCAGAUCCAGAGAGUCACAACUUCCUCUCUGAUCACAACCCAAGCAAGAAGAAGUAUGAAACUGAAUACCACCAGGGCAGUGCCUCCUUCGGCAUGUCCGUCUUCAACCUGGGCAAUGCCAUCAUGGGCAGCGGCAUUCUGGGUCUGUCCUACGCUAUGGCCAACACCGGCAUCGCUCUGUUUGUGAUUCUCCUGGUUUCCGUUGCCAUUUUCUCCUUGUAUUCUGUCCACUUGUUGCUGAAGACAGCCAAUGAAGCAGGUGUUCUUGUUUACGAGUCACUGGGUUACAAGGCCUUUGGGAUCCCAGGCAAACUGGCUGCUUCCUGCUCCAUCACCAUGCAGAACAUUGGAGUCAUGUCAAGCUACCUCUUCAUUAUUAAAUAUGAACUCCCCAUUGUUAUUCAGUCUGUUACUGGAGCAAAUAAUGGUGAAUGGUACAUCAAUGGAGAUUUCCUUGUGAUUCUGGUCUCAAUUAUUAUUAUCCUGCCUCUCUCUCUGCUCAAGAACUUGGGUUACCUUGGUUACACCAGCGGUCUGUCUUUACUCUGCAUGGUGUUUUUUCUGAUUGUGGUGAUCAUAAAGAAGUUCCAGAUGCCAUGCCCUCUGCCUAAUAUUGUGGCUGGAAAUGAAACCAUGCAUAUGUUCAACAGCACCCCCCACAGCGACAACGCCACUGCAGAUGAUGACACUUGCAAGCCUAAAUACUUUGUCUACAACUCACAGACUGUCUAUGCUAUACCCAUCCUCACUUUUGCCUUCGUGUGCCACCCUACUAUCCUACCCAUGUAUGAUGAGCUCAAAGAUCGGUCACGCCAAAAGAUGCAGAAUGUGGCCAACGUGUCCUUCCUGUCCAUGUUCAUCAUGUAUCUGCUGGCUGCCCUCUUCGGAUACCUCACCUUCAACAACCAUGUGGAAUCUGAGCUGCUCCACACCUACUCAAAGUUCUACAAGUACGAUAUUCUCCUGCUGGUUGUUCGUCUGGCUGUGCUGGCCGCUGUCACACUCACAGUCCCUGUGGUGCUCUUCCCUAUUCGUACCUCAGUCGGCCACCUGCUGUUCCCAAAAAAGGACUUCAGCUGGAUCCGUCACGUUAUUAUCACCGUGAUCCUGCUAGCAGGAACCAACAUUCUGGUCAUCUUUGUCCCCAGCAUCAGAGAUAUUUUUGGUUUCAUUGGUUCCUCUGCUGCUGCAGUGCUGAUCUUCAUCCUGCCCUCAGCUUUCUAUCUCAAACUGGUUAAGAAGGAGUCAAUGGUAUCCAGGCAGAAGAUUGGGGCUGCGAUGUUCCUGAUAUUAGGAUUUGUUGUCAUGUUUGGCUGCAUGACUCUUAUCAUCUUUGACUGGAUCAUGUACUCUAUGGAAGACCAAGGUCACUGAAGCUCCAGCUCUUCUGCUACUAGCGAGGAACUGAAUUUAUUUUCUCUUUUUAACUUUCAUUUCAAAGUUGCUAUUUUUUUUACUGUACCAAAUAUGUCAUUUGAAGCACAUAUUAUUUGUCCUUUUUCAGGUAAGCCAAACCUUUUCAAUAUUCCUCCUAAAAUCCUAUGGCUUUGCACAGAGGUGCUAAGCUGUCAAGACACUACAGUAUGUACUCAAGCUAAAGCAAUACUACUUGUAUAUUAAAAAGAUACAUAUCUUGGGCGUGCUGUGGUGGCGUAGGGGAUAGCGCGGCCCACAUUUGAAGGCCCUCAGUCUUCGACACGGCAGUUGCGGGGUCAAUUCCCGGACCCGGCUGACGUUUGCUGCAUGUCAUUCCCCCUCUCGCUCCCCCCUUCCUGUCAGUCUACUUUCAAAUAAGGGACACUAGAGCCCUCAAAAGACCCUCUGGAGGGAAAAAAAAAGAUGCAUAUCUUUUUCAUUUCAACUUUUUUCCAGACUGUAAACAGAAAUAUUUUAGAAUGUCAAAUCAAUAAUUUUCUUACAAAGUGUUUGAUUCAAUGUAAAAACAUUUUUAAAUAAAAUGUUGUAUUGA